AUGAUUUUUGAUUUAGAAAAAGGAUGUAGCAUGCCUUGCACUCAAAAUAGUUAUAGAAGGCUACAACAAUGCAUUGGGGUAUGGGAAAUUAAUGAAGUUAGUGUCAAGGAUGCAGAUAAGGAGUUAGGAAAACUUGGAGUCUAUAAGUAUCAUUUUAACUUAGAUCAAACUCCCUCAUAUCAUCAUAGUAAAGGAAAAGCAUCAAAAAAAUGCUCACAUAAAAAUGAUUUGGAGCAAGCUUUAAGGAAAAUUGGAAGCUGGAUCACAGAUGUUGCAAACUCAAACAAUUUUGAAGAAAAACAAAAGUUAUUAUCCAACAUUUUGCCUUCUUUAGUAGCACAUUGGAAUAAUAAUGAAACUCCUCAAAAACCCUAUCAAGAAACCCCUUCACAUUUGCCAAGCCCAUUUUUAAUCAAUACAAUUUUGCAACUAAAAGGUGCUGAUAAAUUACAUGAAAAACAAAAGGGUAAUUUAAAUCCAGAUCAAUCUUUUAAUUAUGGAGAAUCUCUAGGCAAUUUUAUAUUAAAAACAAUUCCAAAAGUGAUUACUAUGUUUUUUGAUGGCUUUAUUGGAGUAAUAUUAAAACAUCAUCAUGAGUUGAGGCAAUAUAAAAGAAAAUAUUACAAUUUAAAAACAAAGAUUGAUGAUACAGAACAAGAUCCAAUGCAAUUAAUUAAAAUCACUACCUUUUUAUCAUCUAUCAUCAUAAAAAUGGCUUUUAGGAGAUCUAAGAUUUGGUUUACAAAUUUAUUUGCAAGUUUAUGCAGAAGACCCCAAUUCUUAGGAUCACUUCAGUUGAUAUUACGUUCACUUCAUGUAAUAUCACAUACUGAAGAUCAUGAACAUCAUUUGGAAAUAAAAAGAAUGGAAAAGGUUGAUCCUAAAUCUAGAAUUAUAAGUGGUCCUAAUAUUUGGCCAUUAGUUGUCAUAGAUAAUUUAGAUACAAAACAAAAAAACAUUCAAGCAUAA